AUGUCGCCCGAGUUCCUUUGCUCCCCUCUCAUCCACCCGCCUUCCCACUCAGUCUCCUUCCCGAGUAAACGUCGACGUGUACACUGUCGCACUAACCCGUCUCCUGCCACUCCGGUUCCCCUGUUUUCCUUCCCACCCGCUCUCUCCAUUUCCUCCGUGCUCUCGUUCCAUCCCAAUCCGCCUCGCUGUCAGGUCGAGCGAGUGCAGACGGCAACGAGCGUCGUGCAAGUGACGGUGUGCGGCGAUCGCGGCAACCCGCCGCUUAUAACUUAUCACGACGUCGGCCUCAAUCAUUCCACGUGCUUCCAAGGCCUCAUGCUUUGCGCGGACACUUCCGCGCUGCUUCUUCGAAACUUCUGCAUAUUCCACGUCGACGCGCCGGGUCACGAGGAGGACGCGGAGGAGAUCCCCUCGUCGCGCGCGCUGCUCUCCGCGGACGACCUGGCGGAGCAGGUGGCGGAGGUGGCGCGGCACUUCGCGCUCGCGGACGUCACGCUGAUGGGCGUCACUGCAGGCGCCUACGUCCUCACGCUCUUCGCUAUAUCUCACCGGCAUCUGGUGCGCGGGCUCAUCCUCGUGUCUCCUCUGCUCUCGCCGCCCUCGUGGUCCGAGUGGGCGCACAACAAGGUGAGCCACGGACUGGCAUGA